AUGCCUCCUAGACCACGCUUAAAACCAACACAUACCCUCCGCUUCCUAUCUCCAGUCGUCUGUCGACAACCCGCGCCUCGAGUAGAACCCUUUGCCUCUUUCAAUAGCAAAUACUCGAGUCGCAAUUCCUCUACCGCGGCUCAGUCAGUUCUACCGCCGCUCCCGCCUAGUAAAUGGUACUCGGACCUCAAAGCGCGAAUUGGAAAAUGUAUCAUGUUCGGCUGCACCAGCGACCAGGCACUCCACGCCGCCGCCAUCCUGCGCGUCCUCGGCACGGAGUGGCGCGAGCUAACCGCCGGUGCCGAAGGGUUUCUGACGGGUGGACAUAGGGGACUUGAGAACCAGCAGGUUGUGUGGGGGGAGAUGGACAGUUUUGGCCAUGUGAAUAAUACCAAUUACAUCCGGUACGCCGAGUCUGCGCGCGUCAACUGGAUCAUACACUUCGCAAGCGUAGACCCUGCGAACGGGACGCUGUGGAGGGAGCUUAUGACGCCGAAGGGGACGGGGCUGAUUAUGAAGUCGAUUAAGGCCGAGUAUAAAUUCCCCAUGACCUACCCAGACACCAUCUCCGCGUACCACAAGCUGCGCUCGCAGCCCUCAGCCACCGACACCUCGCUCGUGCUCGACUGCGUCAUCCUAUCGCACCGGCACCAACGCAUCGCCGCGCGCACGGAGGAAGACAUCGUCGUAUACGACUACGGGGCCGCGCAGAAAACUUCGGUCCCGGGCUUCGCGCUCGGCGCGUUCCAGGACGUAUGGCGUCGGCAGGAAGAGGAGACGCGGGCGGCUAGGCGGCGCAUAUGGGAGCUUGUGAAAAAGGUCGAGGGGCUCGAGAAGGGGACUUGGGAUAGCCCGGGUGCGGUGGAAGAUGUUGGAGGGAAGGAGGGUGUUAAGGAAGAUGAGUCUGGGAUAGAGGGGGUUGUGGAAGAUGUUGUUGGAAAGGGGGAGGUUGAAAAGGAGGUCGGAAAGGAGGUCAAGAAGGACAGCGUACCUGCUAGCACAAUUGUUAAUAAGGAAUCGCGGGAGAUCACCACCAUCAACGCCCGCAAAGAAAUAUGGCGACAUCUAUUCGCUAACAACUCUCUCGCUUCGACUGCCUAUCGGAACGACAAGAUGUCGCAGGCAGUAAAACGGGCUUGCGAUGCUUGCCAUCGACGAAAAGUAAAGUGCGACGGCAUCAACCCGUGCCGCAACUGUGCUUCGGCGCAGUUAACCUGCACAUACAAUGCGAUACCCCAGAAGAAAGGACCUAAGGGUUCGAGAGCAAAAGUUAUUAGCGAACUCCGCGAGACGCAACGACAAACUAGUCUAUCAGCAAAAGUUCAGAGCCGACUAAAUGGAAUCAACAGCCCACCAUGCAGCCCUACGUUAUCCCCGACUCCUGGUCUCUUGGCUAGCGAGAUGGCGAAAGAAUGUAUCGAGUUUUUCUUCGCCAAUAUGUACCCGAUUAUGCCGAUUCUCCACCGACAGCGACUCGAGCAACAAUCUAUGUAUCUCGAUUCAGGCCUUGACACAUAUUGUCUUGUUACGUCUUUGUGCGCUUGGAUGAUGUUUCAACCUGGAAUGAAUGUGCCCGGCGCCGACCCUCUUCUAGAGCAUUUACCUGGGGCUAACAUUGCAUCUGGAAUGGUUUUGAUCGAAGAGACGAUUCGAGUACGAAAAGGAUACGAAUACCAAGAAUCGCCAACUUUAAACAGCCUUUGCACCAGCUAUUUUCUCUUCUGCUCUCACUACGCCCUCGACAUGCACGACAAGGCCUGGUAUUAUCUUCGAGAGGCUACGACUUUAGCUCAUAUCAUCGGAAUGAACAAGGAGGAGACGUAUUUGCAAUAUGACAAUAUCGAGGCUUCACGACGACGACGUCUCUACUGGCUUCUGUUUGUAACAGAAAGGGCAUAUGCUCUACAACGUGGUCGACCCCUGACGCUCCAGGCUUCUAUUAAUCUUCCUACCAUGACUGAUGACCCAACGGAUCCCCUUGCACCUCAGUUGAAUGGAUAUAUACUGUUGGUAAAUCUUUUCAGGCCGUUCGACGAUAUGUUUAUUGCCUUCUGGAAUAAGACUCGUAGCGAGUCCUCACCAUCAUACCUCAGUGCUUUACAGAAGCAAUUCUCGGAUAUGAUUCCGCCGUACAUGAACGUUCAGGAUUCCGACUUGCGAGCGAACCAGCAAUGGCUUAAAACGGUUACGUGGCAUUUGAGCAUGCAGAAUGGCUGCUCUCCUCAGGGUAGCCAAGAUCAGAUGCAAUUGCAAUACCCUAUCGACAUGACACGAGAUUUAAUGUCGAUGACAUCUCAGUUCCAAACUCAGAGCACCGAAUUACUCGGAAUGCCCCUUGUCGCAAAGUUGUUAGAGAUCUCAUCCGCAUUGAUCGACGUCCUAUCAAUUUUACCCUCAUCUGGCGAUCCUUUCAGUAUGGGUCCUCGAGAGCAACUUAACUCGCUACUGCAGCUCCUAUCAGUCCUUCGUAAUGGAGAUCAUCAUUUCCUCCCGCUUUUGUUGAACAAGGUCCACGAUGUCUUACCUCGCUUGGCCAAUCCCAUUCUUCAGCGCGCUCCGGAAAAUGCUUGCAUGCAAAACAUCGAUAUUUUCGAUGGAUUCGGCAACGCUGGUAUGGCUCAACCUCCGAUGAUGGAUUUCAAGACAGAGCCGUAUACUCCGGGUAGCAUGCAGCAUAUCCAGGAUAUCGGGACGGACUCGGCUCACUCUAACAAUGGCGACGAUAUGAAAUCGCCUUUCCCCAUAGUUAGUUCGCCGCCAGUCAUGUCCCCAGGCGUAGACUACCACAACGAGUUCAACUCAAUCCCUGAUAUAAUGAAUGUGAUCAGUUUACUUAGUGAUGACGACGAAACACCUACCUUGACAGCUGAAACUCCGCAGAAGACUGCUACAUCUCCAAUCUUCUUUUCGUCACCAUCAUUAAGCCUGAAACCUAGUUAUCAUAUGUCUACAGUCGAUGAUUCGAGCAUGUCGAGUCAGACACUAACAUCUCUUUCUCCGGUGCCACCGAGUCAGCAGAAGGCAGUAAAUCCCGACCGUGUCGAGGAACCUACGCUAUGUCCAGAACAGGCUCGCCUAGUUGAGCUGAUAGCAAGCGGGCGGAAUGUAUUCUAUACCGGCUCGGCUGGCUGCGGUAAAUCAACAGUACUAAAAGCCUUCACGAGACGUCUCCGAGAGAUGGGUAAGAAUGUUCGCAUUGUUGCACCAACCGGCCGAGCAGCAUUGCAAGUGGGUGGAUCCACGACUUGGACCUUUGCAGGCUGGACCCCAGAUCAUCACAAGCGCACACUAGAGGAGUUGAAAGCAGCCGCACAUGGGAAAUUUGUGUCGAAACGGUUCAGGGAAACGGACGUCCUUGUAAUUGACGAGAUUAGCAUGGUGGAAAACCUACAUUUUGAGAGGCUAAACGAGGUUAUGAAAAUAGCACGACCUAAAGUGUACCCACCCGCUCGACCUGCAUUCGGAGGUGUCCAGAUGGUUGUGACAGGGGACUUUUGCCAACUACCUCCUGUGAGACCUUUUCAACACUGCAUCGAAUGUGGAUUUGAGCUAGUCGAGAAAAUGACUGUUAAUGGCAAGGUCCACAUUUGCAAGCGACGCCAUGAAUAUCGCGACGAAGAUAAGUGGGCCUUCCGGAGCAAGGCUUGGGCGGAGUGCAAUUUUGUUCAUGUCCACCUUAACACCAUUCACCGGCAGAGUGAUGAGACCUUUAUCCGAAUAUUACAAAAGUGUAGGAUUGGACGACAACUCAGCCCAGCCGAUACGAAUCUCUUAAUGGACCAUAAGUGUAUGGUGCACCAUGCUACUAGACUAUUCGCUACUAGGGAGGAGGUUUCUAAUGUCAACAAGCGGGAAUUCGAAAGGUUGAAAACCGUAAACCACAUUUUCUGGUGCUAUGAUAACUUCAUAUGGCGGCAAACUACCCAUCCGCAUCUAGGUUGGAAAGGCAUGAGGAAGCCUAACGGAGUUCAGCCAGAAGGCCCCUUACGCGCUCUUGAUGACCACCGUUUCGACGAAUGCGUGCAGCUCAAGAAGGGUAUGCUUGUAGUUUUGCUCGUUAACUUGGACCUAGAGUUGGGCUUGUGCAACGGUAGCCAGGGUAUCAUCUGUGGUUUUGAGAAGUAUGAUCCCAAUAAACUACCAAAAGCCAAGGAUGGAAAUAAGGAUCCGGAGAACAAGAUAUACGGCGAUCACGCGGCGAUGAAGGAAGCACAAAUUAAAAAUUUCAUAGAUAGCCCUGGUGCUAAGUUCAAGACAUGGCCGAUAGUUCGGUUUCACAAUGGUCAGGUUCGCACCAUCUAUGCGAAUUGCUCUAUUACAGAGCUCGGGGACGAGAGGCCGUACAGUUUGCUUAUCCGGACGCAGAUUCCUCUGGCACCCGCCUGGGCGAUGACGAUCCACAAGAGCCAGUCAUUAACGCUUGAUCGAGUUAUUGUCAAUUUGUCAAAGGCGUUUGAAGAGGGCCAAGUGUACGUGGCUCUAUCGCGUGCUACCGGACUUCAUGGUCUUAAGAUCGAGGGUAGUUCGAAGGGGCUGUCAACCGGGCUAGGCGGGAAUCAGGAAGUGCAGGAAUUUCUCCGCGAGAAAUUCGGUGAUUUAGAAGGCGUGUUGAGUUCUUGA